AAUACACCUGAUUCGUCAAAUUUUACACCUGUUAGGUACAAGAAUUUACGAUCAAUUCACUGAUCGAAUGCUAUUACUGUCCCAGCACAGUGUUCUAAUCAAUGCAGCCAUUUUUUUACGUACUGAUAAUUGCAGAUGAUUGUUAUUAGAACAAGUACGACUCUCAUUUCAUGUAUAUUGAGAAAUUUAAGCCGAUAUAGUUUUUCCCCUUUUUUAUAUGUGUUAUAGUUUGAUUACAUUCUUGUUCUACUCGUAAUUUUCAAUUUGUGCUAAAUAUAUUUUGCCACCCUCAACUAAUAGGCACAAUAAAGUGACAUUUAUCAACUAGUGGGGAACAACCAGUCUGCUAGUAACACCAGCGUAGAAAAUAAAAUAAGGUUAAUCCUUUUACAUAUUUUUGGAGUGUUUUGCUUUUAGGAAAACAAUAUGUAAUUUAUCAUUUUCUUUUUAUUUAUAAAUGGAUAUAAUGUAAUACUCUGUGGUUAUUCGGUCGAAACGUGUGUAAAGCGCGGACGUAGUGAACAUUUAAUUAUAUCUAACCUAGCAAACAUGUCUGAUAAUAAAAAAGUAAUAUUGGUAACUGGUGGAUCCGGUUUAGUUGGAAAAGCUAUAGAGACUGUUAUAGCAGAAGAUUCAAGACCGGAUGAAACUUGGGUAUUUAUUGGUUCUAAAGAUGCAGAUUUAUGUGAUAAAAAAAGUACGGAAGAGGUAUUUGCAAAAUAUAAACCAACACACGUUAUACAUCUAGCUGCUAUGGUUGGAGGAUUAUUUCAUAAUAUGGCACAUAAUUUGGAUUUUUUGCGUAAAAAUCUUCAUAUGAAUGACAAUGUACUCCAAACUGCGCAUGAAACAGAUGUCGUUAAGGUUGUAUCUUGUCUUUCAACCUGUAUAUUUCCAGACAAAACAACAUAUCCAAUCGAUGAAACAAUGAUUCACAAUGGGCCACCACAUCCAUCAAACUAUGGAUACAGCUAUGCAAAAAGGCUGAUUGAUAUCGCGAAUAGAGGGUAUUACGAACAGCAUGGUAGAAUUUAUACGAGUGUGAUUCCCUGCAACGUAUUUGGGCGACAUGACAAUUUUCAUCCCAAAGCGAGUCAUGUUGUUCCUGGUUUAAUGAGAAAGCUUUAUGACCUCAUAAAAGAUGGCAAUACAGAGGACAAAACAUUUGUGGUAUUGGGUUCAGGAAAACCCUUGCGACAGUUUAUCUACAGCAAGGAUUUAGCAAAGUUGAUGAUUUGGGUAUUACGCGAGUAUUCAUCUGUAGAACCAAUUAUUUUAUCAGUGGAUGAAUCCCAAGAGGUUACAAUAUCACAAGUGGCAGAAACAUUAGUGGCCGCAUUUGAUUUCAAAGGGAAAAUCGUAUAUGACACGUCAGCUGCUGAUGGCCAAUACAAGAAAACUGCAAGUAACGCUAAACUACGAAGUUACUUACCCGAUUUUCAAUUUACCCCUUUCGAAAAGGCAAUUAAAGAAACUGUUGAUUGGUAUAAGACAAAUUAUGACCUCGCAAGAAACUGAAUAAGAACUAAUAAUAAUAAUUAUGUGCGUAUUUAGAUGCUUCAUGCAACUUAAUUGAGAUAAUUAUAAAUUAACAAUCUUAAAUGAUUAAACAACUGUGUACACUCUACGAAGUAUCUAAAUAUGUAACUCUAAGAUGUACAAACAUUAUCAUAUCAAUUUCAAAGAAAGACAACAAUAAUUUUACAGCAAUUCAAAAUCCUAUAUAGAAAAGAUACCAUCAGUAAAUAAAAUUUUAUACAAGAAUUUCUUUAUGAACUUGUGCAUGAGGCAUAUUGAAAGUGUGUUAGGCGCUCUAUUCAUUAUAUGAUAGUCAAAGAUACUUAACGCAAUAGUCUGAGACUGAUAUGCUAAGUAUUUUAAAAAUUAAACCAACGCUAGUUCCUGAAAAUACAAUAACAUAGGACUAAGUGCGCCUGAGCAACUGCAGACUCAAUACAAAGGUGUUACGCGAGUUUUCAACAGACGUAUACUAUAGUUCAGUGCAUUAUAUUCUCAUGUACAGUUUACAAUCUGUCUAAAACAGUUUCUUCUAAAUAUACCUACUGAAGUAGUAAGAGACGUUGAUAUAUAUAUUUAGUAUGCACACUUACUACUUGGAGUUAUUAUGUAAUCACCGGAGACGGCUGAUUCAAUGGAUUUAUAUUCAAAAGCAUCCACUUUUUAUUCACAGUUCCAUUCCAAGUACUACAGUAAUGAUACCUUGAAUGACUAAAUAAUGUUCAAUAAUAGUUGACACUCCACAGACUUGCACACUCAAAGUGCUAAACAUCUUCCCAUCUCUUUAUUUGCAAUGCGUGCAUUGUCUAAUGUCAAGUAAAAGUUAACAUAUGUGGUACGCGCUAUUAUUGUACAUACUGUAUAUUUUUGAUAUAAAAAUCAUACAAACAA